CCUGUACCAAUUCCUGAGGGUUACAGGUUACUCUCUCCUGAUCAACUACUAUAAAAAGGGUGUAAUAUGUAUAGUUUGUUAUAUACUAGAGCAGUGAGAAAACAUGGGCAGUCUUAAACGUAAGCUUGAGGGUGAGGUUGAGUUACGAGCAACUGCUGCAGAUGUGCUCCAUGAGAUAGUUACGACUAGGCCUCAUCAUGCUCCCAAUCAUGUCUCCCAUUUUAUUCAGGCUGUUGACUUACAUGAGGGUGAACAUGGUAAGCUAGGUUCAACAUGUGUUUGGAAGUACACUUUAGGUGGGAAAGCUUUAUCAGUGAAGACUAUAGUUGAAGAAAUUGAUAUGGAGAAGAAGUCAAUCAAAUACAGAGCCCUCGAAGGCAAUAUGAUGGAAGAGUAUAAGACCAUAACUGGAAAAGUCCAGGUGAUACCCAAAGAUGAACAAAACUGCAUAUUCAGGUGGACAUUAGAGUAUGAGAAGCUCAGUCCUGAUAUGCCUGAGCCAAGUGCUUUGCUCGAUGCCUGGCUUGCUGCUGCAGUAGACAUCGAUGAUCAACACCAUGGUAUAAAGAAGUAAUAUAUAUGCUUCCAAGUGAAUGAUAAUAUUUUAUGUUGUAAGAAUUUGCAUCUUUUUCAUUUUUGAAUAAUGACCAUCUAUCCCAAGUAAUGUGUAUGGUCAAAGAAAACAUAAUGUGUUGUAGUUGUAACUUGUAAUAUGCAGGCAUGCAGCAGUAGUAUCACUGCUGCUGACCUUAUGCAUGUGUUGUUGUGUGAGAGAUAUAAUUAUGUGUGUUAAUUGAUAAUUUGAUACUUCUUGUUUUUCUUAA